AUGACGAAUAGGUGGAAGUGCUCUUCUGCUUGGCCCAAUAGAAAUUCAACCAAGAAGGAGAAUUGCUUGGCUGAUGUGAUUAUGUUAUCCCGGGUGAGAGCAUCAAGUAAAGCAUCCCAAACAGGCUUAAUGAUGACGCGUAACAGAAAUAUGAUAAUUACACACCAACUGCUUCUCCCAAAUGGCUUCAACACUCUCCUGCAGAGCCAAAGCCAUACGCGCCCUAUCCUCCCCCACCACAAUACGACGUCGUCUGCCCCUGGUGGGAGCAUUCUGCGUGCUCAGCUUGGGCAUCUCCAACCUCUUUCCUGCUCUUUCCUUCUCCGCGUUCAAAACGGGCUCUGCACAGUCUCUCGCUCUUCUCUUGAGGUACAACGCCACCAGCCUUCUUCACCUUGUUCUUUCUCUGAUUUCAAAAGAUCAAGGUUUGGUAGCCAAGCAGCGGCUGUUCACUCUGCGAAAAUGGAAGGGAGUAGCACCACUGUACCAAGUAUUGUUGUUUAUGUGACUGUGCCUAACAAAGAAGCAGGAAAGAAGUUAGCUGAAAGCUUGGUCAGAGAAAAACUUGCAGCAUGUGUUAACCGAGUACCAGGCAUUGAGUCCGUCUAUCAGUGGAAUGGAGAGGUCCAGACAGAUUCCGAGGAACUUCUUAUAAUCAAGACUAGGCAAUCCCUUUUUGAAGCUCUGACAGAGCAUGUGAAGGCAAACCAUCCAUAUGAUGUUCCGGAAGUUAUUGCGCUACCUAUCAACGCAGGCAGUCUCCAGUACCUAGAAUGGGUCAAAAACAGCACAAGGGACUGA